AUGGUCGACAUACAACGCCAAAAUGCGAGGUAUCUAUCACAUAUCGAGUACUUAGGUGCGCCGCCGCCGAGACAAGAUCUAAUUCAAGUGCGAUUGGUAAUUCCUGGUGAUAGUCUCGUGCCGAGGGCCUUGAGCGACCUCGCCGUUCUCGACGAUGUGCGCAGAGACAACAAAGUCUGGAUCACCAGAGGAGAAGACUCGGAAACGUUUCUCGAUGUCUGGUCUACUAAUGCCGGACCGCUCCAAGCUGCACUCAACACUAUCAAUCAGAAAAUACACGACAUGCGGCUGUCAAAGGAGUCAUUGACAGCCCUCUACUUCGUACAGUCGCCCAAAGAUGACCAAGAGGUGACAGUCAGUUUCGAAACCGGUAAACGACCCGUUGUUGAAGGCUCUAGCCACAGUUCAUAUUAUCCUGGACACGCUGUCAACGGCUUAGUUGCCCAAUUUACGACGGCAUUGCCACCAUCCUUGAAGACAUUGGUGGCUCUGCCGUGCUUAAAAAUGCAAAUCAAUUUCGGGCAUCUCAACAUUUUGGCAAAGCGAAAGGCUGUUGGAAAUCUCUUGUCACUAGAAGAAUUUAAAUCCGCUCUUGGUUUAUACUCGAGUCGUGGAAGGGGAGCGACCAUCCAAAAAGAAUUUUCCAAUAUCGAGAUCGCCGACAAAUUUCUUUCUUCAAUUCUACAAAACAACGACAUCACUCAAAAAAAAAGCUGCAGUAGCGUUGCACUAUCUUGUCCGAUUUGA